AUGGGGGAAGGCGGCGGCCGGCGGCCGGCAGAGCCGGAGUGCUUGGCGCUGGAGCUGGGGCGGGAGAGGCGGAAGCAGCAGAUGCUUGAAAGCUCAAUAUUUGAACUGAGAAACACUGUAACAGAACUGGAAAAAAGUCUUAACAGUACUGAAAAUGAAGAUAAUGAAUGGAAAACCAGAUAUGAGACACAAGUAGAAUGGAACAAGCAGCUGGAAAGGCAAAUUAAUAUUCUUCGAGAUAUGGAGCUUAUUCGUGGAAAUCCAGCAGAUAAACUGUCCCUUGUUCGCACUUUUGAUAAAAUGCCUGUGGGUUCCUUAAAGGAGGUUCUUAAACAGCUAGAAGAAGAAAAGAAAAUUCUCCAGAACCAGCUAAAGGACUAUGAACUUAGACUGGAGCAAGAAGCAAAGGCUUACCACAAAGUUAAUGAUGAGCGGCGCUUUUACCUCUCAGAGAUCUUACAGACCUCAGCUAAACCUAAAAUUUUUGAAAGGAAAAAACCCGAUGCUCUGACUGGCAAGGGAGAAAAACAGAUACUGAGAGGAAGACGCAGUGUUCCAGGAAACCCGAAGAUGGUUAAUCCUCAAAACUAUCAAUUAAAAAGACUGUAGGAGUGAACCACCUUCCACAGCUAAAGCACUGGUUUAAUAUUAAUGCCAAAAACUUCCAGUCACUUUUUAAAAAAUUUAAUUUGACUGAAAUUUUCUAAAUUGAAAAUAAUGGUAUUUGUGUCUUAUUGCAAUGCCAGACCCCAGUGUCUUCUUGGCUGCCUUAGUGUAUGUGUUCCUCUGCCUAAUGGAAUUGAUCUUCUAGUUGCCAUCUUUGUACUGGUGACCUCUGACCAUUUCCAUUCUGUUUCACAUCAGUGAUUCUGAGGGUGUUGGAAAACUUGGAGGAUAUUUAAUGUCUUAUACACCAUGUAGAUCCUUGAACUAUGCAGUCAUGGAAAACAAACAAGCCUCUAGUAUUUUUGACCUCAAUCCAAGAAGAAGAAGGCAGACUGAUGUAACUUGAAGUAUUGUCUAAAUAUAACUUUUUUUAAAAGCUGGCUUGCCACAGAUCCCAUGUUGACUACCACUUUCUGUCUACACGGUUUAGAAGCACAGCACCAUUUCUAGCUGCUUCAGCCACUAGUAAUGGAUAGAAAUGACAGAAAAAUUGGUCACUUUUUAUUAAGGAAUCUUCAGAGCCUAUCUUGAGGAAUGUUGUUUCUUUUAAACACUGUAUAUGUUCUAUACAGGAACACAUAUCCUGAUACUGGUAUGUUGCUCUUUGAAAUUUGAAUUCUCAGAUGAACCCUUGUAUCCACAGUCUUGGGGUCAUAAAAAUCUCUGUCUUCUUCAGUGACAUUGAUCCUUGUGCUUUUAGGAUCCAAAAUAGUGCCAGUCCUAAAAGUCAUCUCUUCAGUGAAAGUAGAACUAUUUUGUCUCUUCAUUCUUAAGCAUGCAAUUAUUGUUGCAGUUUUAUUACCCACAUUUUAGUCAUUAAAUUUGGCAAAAUUUUUUCAAGUGGCAAUGGGAAAAAUGUUUUGGUAAUGAAGCUUCAGUCCUCUGGGUUACAUCUUAAAAGCUCUUGGCAGAGCAAAAGUGAUUGCUUGACUGCCCUUUAUUAUUUUAAGAGCAUUCCUAACUCUUUGCAAUAAAGUUUUUUUCCCUCUUUAAGAGCAGUACUAAUAGUUCCUUAUUCCUGGCAGCAUUAAAGUGACACUGUAAUUAACUCAUAGUAAAAGACAAACCAAUGGUGUCAUUCUGAAAUGCAGAGAGCAAAGACAUGCAGCAUAUUCAGUAUGGAAAUCCCUGUUUUUUUUCUCUUACAUAGUAUGAAAUUCAUUACAGGUAUUUGUCAGGUUACCAUGGUGCACAUGGUAUCAUUCUUUCAUAAGCAGGUUGGUCUGCCUGGCUGGUUUUUUCCUCACAACAUAGCACAGCUGGUUAGGUUAGCACUCUUCUGUUUAUGUUUUUCACAUUAAAAAUUUCCAAAUGUU